CGCAUUCUUCAUUUCGACCGUUUUCUAUAUACAGCAUACACGAUGCCCGGAGAGAAGGAAAAGGUGGUGGCCAAGAGCUGCUUUGACUGCGUCAAGUCAAUCGAGUCCGUGUACACAGGCGGUCGUGUGGUGAUCAACCAGGCUGAAACGCAGCUGUUCACGACAUGUAACGAAGACAUCGAGGUGCUCGAUCUGGCCACUGGUAGCAAGCAGGCGGAGCUCAAGGGGGACACGGAGAUUGUGACCUCAUUUGCCGUGACGCCCGACAGCACGUACUUGGUAUCUGCCAGCCGCAGCCUUCAGAUCACGAUCUGGGAUUUGGCGACGUUCAAGCCUGCGCGCAACUUCAAGGCGCACGAGGCACCUGUGAUAUCGAUGGACAUCGAUGCAACAUCGACACUGGUGGCUACUGGUUCCGCAGACAGCACUGUGAAGGUGUGGGAUAUUGCGCGCGGGUACUGCACACAUAACUUCAAGGGCCAUGGCGGUCUGGUGACUGCCGUCAAGUUCCACCCGAACAAGGAGCGCUUGUGCCUGGUCACGGCCAGCGACGACGGCAUGGUGCGCGUAUGGAACCUGAAGACACGCAAGUGCGAGUCUGUGCUCGAGUCGCAUGUCAGUGUUGUCAAAUCUAUCGAUUUCACGCCUGACGGCUCUGUCAUGGUGACUGGUGGCCGCGAUAGCGUCGUGAAUGUGUGGAACUGGGAACGCCGCUCGCUGAUCCGCACAAUCCCGGUCUACGAGACUGUUGAGGCUGCCGGCCUCUUGCUGCCCGAUACUGACCCCAAGGUCGCUGACACACAUCCGCAGCACAUCAUCUACAGCGCUGGCGAGAAGGGCGCUUUGCGACUGUGGGAUAUGGACACUGGCAAGGAAAUCUUUGUCCAGCAAAAGGAGCUGAAUGCCAAGCACGCCUUUGUUGAUGCCCUGUACCUGCCGCGUGCGCAGCACAUUGUCGGCGUCACCAACGACCAGAAUCUGCUGUUCUACGAUGCCUGCGAUAAGCUCGUGCGCGCGCGCCAGAUUGUUGGAUACAAUGAGGAGAUCAUCGACUUGGCUUACGUUGGCAGCGCACAGACACACUUGGCAGUGGCCACCAACACCGAGCAGCUGCGCGUCUACAACACCGAUAACCUCAACUGCGAGCUGGCGUACGGCCACAAGGACAUCAUCCUGUGUCUCGAUGCGCACCGCAAUGGCCGGAUCGUGGCCACAGGCUCCAAGGACAACACGGCUCUGAUUUGGGCCGUCAACAUGGAUAUGCCAGCAAACCAGCGCAUCACCUGCAUCGCCAUUGCUGUCGGCCACACAGAGGCCGUUGGCGCCGUGUGCCUUGCCCUGGCGGACGACUGUCCGUUCAUGAUCUCCGGCAGCCAGGACCGCACGGUCAAGAUGUGGGACCUGUCACCGCUGCCACUGGAGGCGGUGCGCGAGUCAGGUCCGAUCAAGCUGCGCUCGCAGUACACGUUCCAGGCGCAUGAGAAGGACAUCAACUCUAUCUGCCUUGCGCCUGGCGACAAAAUGUUCGCCACUGGCUCGCAGGACAAGACCGCCAAGGUCUGGGACACUGCGACCGGCAAGCCCCUGGGCACCCUGCAGGGGCACAAGCGCGGUGUCUGGAAUGUUGCGUUUUCGCCUGUUGACCGCGUGAUUGCGACGACUUCGGGCGACCGCACAGUCAAGCUCUGGGCGCUUUCUGAUUACAGCUGCCUGAAGACACUUGAGGGCCACACGAAUUCGGUCCUCAGUGUUGAGUUCAUGACCAGCGGCACCCAGCUGAUGACGUCGGGCUCUGAUGGUCUGCUGAAGCUCUGGAACAUCAAGGACUCUGAGUGUGUUCUGACGCUCGACAAGCACGAAGACAAGAUCUGGACUCUGGCCAAGCAAAGCGACGAAAAGUUUGUGGCCUCGGGUGGUGCUGACUCGACUAUUUAUAUCUGGCAAGACACGACGCAGAGCGAGAUCAACCGGCUGCACAAGGAGGAGGCAGAGAUGAUUGAGAAGCAGCAGGCGCUUGACAACUUCCUGGUCGCCAAGGACUACCGCAAUGCAAUCACUCUGGCACUGUCGCUGGAUCAGCCGCAUCGCCUGCUGCGUAUCUUCAGCGACCUGAUGAUGUCUGUCGAGCAUCGUGACACCACUGACGACGCCGAGGGCGCCGAUGACUCUGAGAGCUCGGCCAUCCUGGGCUCCCUGGCCGUCGAUGAGGUUGUGGCCACGCUGGCACCCGACCAGCUCAACCGCCUGCUGGGAUAUGUAAAGAACUGGAACACGAACGGGAAGUUUUCUAAUGUUGCCCAGGCUGUGCUGUACUGCAUCCUGUCAAACUACACGACGCAGACUGUGCUGGAGCUGCCGGCCGCCAAGGAUCUGAUUUCAGCCCUGCUGCCGUACUCGGAGCGGCACUAUGCCCGUCUCGAUAACCUGCUCACUGACUCUUUCAUUGUCGACUACACGCUGCACGCCAUGGACUCGCUCAGCCUGAUUGCCGGGGAUAUCGACGACAGCGAGGAGGAGGAGUAA